UAGUUUGCCAACUCGAUCAUCACCACGCCGCCCUGUGAAGUUUCGGAAAUGUGGUAUUCUACUGGACUAUUCUCCCGUUGACAUUUGGGCUCUUGGGCUCGUUGAGCCUUAUCCAAAUGUGUGAAUGAUGUUACCACCAUGAUCUCUCCGACCCCAAUUGUUCCCUCGAAGAACGCCUUGCGAGCUCUCCGCCGACUGGCUUUAUCACCUCCUGCGGUUGUAGUCGUUGGAGCCGUGGGCAGUCUCUGUGGUGCUGCAGUAGUGCACUGUGAGAUUCGACGUCAACUCAUUCUAGCCGAGCGCAUCAUCGAAACGAAGAAGGUCUUACGGUCCUUGACGAAUGGGUCCCCCGCCGACCGUCUGAAAGAAAUGUUUGAAGCAGCAGAAAGAGGCGAAGAUGUCACAUCUCCAGAAUGGCGCGCAAAGAGGAGGCGGAGAGAGAUUGGACGUAGAUCGUUUUCUACCAUCAGCAGGACCACUACAUUCUGCGGGAAUGAUGACGGUGGAGGAAAGGAAGAUUCCAUACCUCGAGAGGAAGACCACAAAAUUUCUUGCACACAGAAACGAAUAGUACCACGAUAUCACCCUGUCCCACGGAUCAAGGAAUCCAUCUCAAAUCCUAAGACACAUUUCACCACGUCUGGCUCGAGGAUCCAUCGUGGGAAGCAUGUCUGGCAAUCAAGAGAUAAACGCGAGCCAUCCUUCGCAGAGUUCCGAUUUUCCUCGCAAAGCACGAAUAUCGGAUCACUUUCGAACCGCAGGCUUCCUGCACAUCACCACUAUAACACGAGCAGACAGAAGCAGACGAACGACGCUUACAUUCCACAUGGGUCAUCUGACCAGAAUUUCACGGAUCGAUCCAUCCAGGGACGUGCGAUGCGAACGACGUUGAUGGAAGAAGAUCCUGUGAUCUUAUCCGAAAGAGCUCACGACGACGAGUCUACGAUGCCAUUGCUGGACGCAGGACUCAAAACUCGCACUUCAUUAGCCGAAGACAACAUUGUGACCAGUCUUCCAUUCAGGCCCCUCUCCACCUCGCCUCAUCAGUCCAGCACUAAAGCAGGAGGACGCUCGAUUUUCAGGGAACUCCUUGUUGCCCCCGAGCCUACUUCAUCUAAUCAGUCAUAUAAACAGUCAACUAGCAAAGACUUAAAAGACUAUGCCAGAAAGGACCUUCCAUGGCCCAACAGCCGUCCCUCGUGGUCUUCUUGGAUGAUGAACAAGUCGACUACGGAACAAACGCACACAGCUCUGGAUAACGAAUUCUGCUCUUACCGUAGAAAUGCGCAGCAAUACGGUCCCCAUUGGCCAAAGCGAAGUCGCGUGUUUGAAUCACCGAGGCUAGAGACAGGCAUUGAUGAACUGGAAUUCAUUCCGUAUUCCAUUCGCAGUCACUUUACCAAAAAUGUCAACCCGAGAAUAUAUCUCGAACUACAGAAUUUCAUACGCCCUAAAAAGCUCACUUUGACGUACGAAGAAAGACUACGUCGAUGGUCUGCUGCUAUGAGAUAUUACACCCAACACAAUGCUCCGAACUGGGCCAUGGCUGAAGCUAUCUUCUACAGCUGGAGGUUUUCGUUUCGACCUGACGACCUGAUCUGUGCACCUGUGAUGAAGCUCAUAAGCUAUCUGCUUGCCACUGCCCCGACUUCCGAAAGGCUUCAAGAGAUAUUUUUCCCCAGCUCUGUUCCUGGGAGGCACAAAGAUCAUCUUUAUUCCCUUGCCCCUCGAUACCUGGCAAUCUUCUGCGAGGAUCACGACGAGAAAUCUUGUGUGGCUGAGCUCGCAAAGAUACAUAGACUUGCUCAACGAAGCAAACUGUCACACAAAGACCAGGCAUUCGUACCAGUCCUGCGAAAGGCGCUUCGGAAGCAAGAUCCUGGGCAGAGAGACGACCUCAUAGAUGCUGUCAUUGCGGUCUAUGGAGAAAAUGUAAGGCCAUACAUCUUGAGCCAAUGUGCGCUGUUGUAUACAAGCAGCGGUGAUUGGAUCGACGUUGAAGAGAUGCUCAGUCAGAUACACACGACUGGCCACAGUAGAACAAGGGUGUACCAGUUCUCGUCACUUUUCAACGACAUACUCCGGCGAUACCUUGAAACGAAUAGUGCUUCACAAGGCUUUGAAUUUUUGAUCGGUGGAAUCAAAGACGCAGGUUUGGUUCCGCUCCACGGAAUAUCUACCACGAUCAUAUGUGCAUUGGUCAAAGAGAAGCGGUUUAGUCUGGUCGGCGAAUGGGUGCGGAUAGUCCGUGAAACCUUUCCUAGGUGCAAAUUGGGCUUUGAUAUGGACACAGAUGCCUGGAAACUUGGGCAAGCUUUGAGGACAACAGGUGCCACAUGUCAACAGGUUGCAGAAGUUUGCCGCGGAAUUUCUCUGGGGUGUCGUGACGAUCCAUUCUCUCCAGUCCUGAAGGAUUUUGUGAAAGAAAUCAUGAAACGCGAUGUCACCGAAAGGUUCCAAACACUGGCUGAGCAUCGUCCAUCGCUCGCUGCUCUCGACAAUUAUCUACAAUCGGUGCCAUUGAGUCAACUCAUCGAUGUUGCCUCCCGAAUCUGCACCUCACAGAGACUGUUGGUGGGUGAUGGCGAUGUUUUCGAUGGCUUGAUACAAGAUCUUGCUUCUCAGCUGAAUGGCAUCGAUGAAAUAAAGUCCAUUUUCGCAGGAGAUUUCAGCCUAGCUCAACUGAAGCCACCUGGUGCCUAUCAACCAGACAUGUCCUCAUCUGGGCCGCUUCUCUCGAAGGACUCCUGGAGUUCGUCGUCCACCCCGGAAACUCAGACGAUGGUCUCAGAAUUGGUCGAGAGGGCCGAGCUGAGUGACAUUGUUUACAUCCAGGAAAUAGUCGCUGAGCACUACGACCUGCAAAAGGACGACAACCAUCCUGUCAACCAUUUGUUGCUGGAACGGCUCCUUGUAAGGCUCUCCUCCAACAGACCAUGCGAUGCACUCGGACUUGUUGAGUCGGUUUACGCUCGCAAUUAUAUACAAUGUGUCUCUGGCAAAGGACUUGGCAACGACAUCUUUUUGAAAUGGUUGGAAUUGGUGGAGGAAGUCGGCGAUACAAGUUCGGCAUCGGAGGUUCUCUGGGCUAUACUUGACUCUAGCAGCCAACUUGAAUGGUCGUUUGACUUUACAACUCUGGUCGACAUUGUGGGAAGGAAAUUCAUGGGAUCCUGUCCACCCAAAGGGGAACCUCAAGAUGUGACCUAUUUGGUGGAUCGGAUUCAGCGACUAAAGGAAACUUUGCAGGACUCAAAACCUGUCCAUGACGACUUUAGGUUUCCUCCAUGGCGUGAAUGGGAAGAGAAUUUCAGAGACAAUUUCAGUCUCACGAAGAGAGUGAGUUCGGAGAUGGACAAGGAGGAAAUGUUGGAAGAGCAGUUGUCAUGAGUGACACGUAUAUCUAUAUGUCUUCAAGAUUCUGUAGAUGACGACAAUAAUGAAUCAAGCUUGGAUAUAUAAUCUGAGAUUGAGAUGGACA